CUAUAUGUAGGUACAGAAGGGGAAAAGAAAAUUAAAGGCAUAAAAAAAAAAAAGCAGAUAGAGGAAAAACAGACCAAAGGGUGUGUGAAGUUGAAAGAGUCUGUGUGAGUGUUUGUGAGCAGGAAUAAUCAUAUAUAUCAGAGAGUGAAGAAAAAGAAGAAGAAGAAGAAGAUGGAAAUUAAAGGGUUUAUAAAUUGAGAGUAGAGGGUUGUUGUUUUAGUUUUUCUUUCUGGAGUAGUGUGGGAAUUGUUGAAAGUGCAGUGAAGAAAGAAAAAAGCCUGCAAGAGAAUCCAAGAACCAAACAUGGUAAAGCUUAGGAAGUGAGAAUCUGCAUAGAGAUUCAUUCACCUUUUCUUUUUUUUUUUUUUCCUUCUCUUCUUUUUUAAACCCUUUAUUUCCCCAUUUCCUUUUCAAUUUUCUCUCUAUAGUUUGCCUACUCUAAUAUUCAGCUACAUAGGGAGUUAUAUACUAAGAGAGAAAAACAAAAGAGAAUAAGAAAUGCGUGUGAGAUAGGGAGAGAGAGUUUUGAAGAAAAGGGUGUCUUUUUUAUUAUUUUUUUUUUAAAUUAUCUUUUUUAUCCUAGUACAAAUUUGCUUAGGUAUUUGUUUAGGUUCACAUUUGCAUGGAACGUGUUCAAACAAUAGAUGCAAUAAACACUAUCAUAGGGUCAUAAGGUUUAUUUCAGAGAAAAAAAAAGGUGUUUGAUUUAGUCUUUGUUUGAGUUUCUGUUCAGCCAUUGUUCAUUCCCAUUAUUAAUAAUUACUAGUGUGGUGUUACUGUUCCUUCCAUCCAUCGAGUGUUGUUCUUGUUUCAUGGAGAGAAAGAAGAACAAAACCCAGAUUUGUUGCUUCUUCUUUAUACUCUCAAUAAUUUCAACAAUGUUCAUCUUCACAAGUGCUAAUGGGUCCACUACUACUUCUACUACUACCAUUACAUGUCGAGAUAGGAGCAGGUGUCCCAUGUUAGCCAAAGGUGAUUCAGAUUUUCAGGAAUUGGAGGAGAUUGAACAAGGCAAAACUCACCAAGGGGUACCUACUACCGGUUGGACAAGGAGGCUUCUAUAUGGUCCGGGGUCGUCGCCGCCACGGUGCACCUCCAAGUGCGGCAAGUGCACACCGUGCAAGCCGGUUCAUGUGCCGGUGCCGCCAGGGACUCCAGUGACCGCCGAGUACUACCCAGAGGCAUGGAGGUGCAAGUGUGGCAAUAAGUUAUACAUGCCAUGAUGAAAAUUGAAAAUAUAUAUAGAUAUUUAAUUUUGUCUAUGUAUUAUUUUUGUUCAAUCUAAAUAUAUAUAGUCCAAUUUAGUGACUAUAUAUAAGACGCCCCACACAUCUUUGAUUACUAGUAAUUCAAAACCUUAGUUUAAUUUAUGAUGGAUAUUAUUGGAUAUUAAAAAAAAAAGUUACACAACUUGAUGAUUUGAUGUGAAAUACACAUA